GGCGGAAGUAUAGUACCACUACUCAGUAAUAGACGUCAGUCUGCUGGAAGAAUCUGGUCGAGCGAUCUCGGAGGCUUUGAUAGCCCUUCAUACGAUGCACUUUAGAAAUAUAAGUAACGCGGAUUGCGCUAGAAGAUUAGUGAUGACAUUGUGGUUUUGAGACUUAAUAAAUAUAACGGCAUACCUGGAGGUCUGAUAACCAUGGCCCGAGAAAAAGUUGCGGUUGUCGGAGCUGGCAUUUUCGGCCUCACAAUAGCCCUGCUUCUGUCAGAGGCUGGUUGCGAUGUGGAAGUGAUCGCACGGAAUCUGCCCGGUGAUGAGUCUACAGAAUGGGCUAGUCCAUGGGCUGGUGCGCUUCUUGCACCACAUCCAGACUCUGGGCUGAACGAUCUCCAAGUAGAGUCGCUUCGCUUCUACCAGAACCUGUUGGAGAAGGAACCGUCAUGCGGUGUCAAGAAAAUACAUAUCACAGAGUACUAUGACGACAGGCCGAACGACAGUAGAAUCUGGUACAGCAAUGUCGUUUCGAACUUCUGCCGCCUUGCAUCUUCCAGAUUGCCUGCCCCAGCCACUCUAGGUUUUGAGUACGAGGGAUUAGCCGUGAACCCCAACGACUUUAUGCCAUGGAUAGUGAAGCAGCUGCAAACGAUGAAAGUCAAGUUGACCCAGAAUACCAUUGCUUCCAUGGAAGAGCUGCGUCAGAUUACGGACGCGACCAUCCUCGUGAACGCGGCAGGUCUGGGUGCAGGCACGCUCGCAUCUGAUGAGGCUGUGCACGCCGUUCGCGGGCAGACUAUGUUUGUCCCAUGCGACUUCAACCGGGCAGUACUGCUGCAAGGGUCACAGUAUACCUAUGUAAUCCCAAGACAGUCAUCCGGCGGCGUGAUCCUCGGCGGCGUCAGCCAGCCGGGCGACACACGCACAGAACCCGAUCAGAGUAUCCGUCCAGAUAUCAUGCACCGUGUCAAUCAGAUGACAGGCGGCGAGUUUUUGUGGGUAAACCUUGAGAAAGAUGUAGCCAAAGACAUUGUUGGAUUUCGACCGUCGAGAAAAGGAGGCGUUAAGGUGCAACGGGAUGGGGACAUUGUCCAUGCAUAUGGUGGAGGUUCCUUGGGCUGGUUAUAUGCUUUUGGGGUCGCGAAACAAGUUCGUAAGCUAGUGUUAGACGGCAAUGAACACCGUGCUAAAUUGUAAUGGCAAGAAAUGCAAUUGGCAGCCACCGCGUGGACUGCUUCCAUUCUGAAGUAAAUACAAUGGAGUC